CUCAGAACACAGAGACACAAAGAUGGCAGAAGAAGCUCAGGCCAAAGUCCAGAAGAAGAAGCCUCCCCGCACUAGAAGGUCCAGCUUGCAGCUGUGGAAACUGGUUGUCAACGCCGUCAAAGUGACCUCAGGCCGCAAGGGGACGUCUGUCGUGGCGAUCAAAAAAAACCUGAAAAGCAACGGCGUGGACGUGAAGAAGUGCAACAAACAGAUCAACAACACCAUCAUCCGGCUGAAGAACAAGGGCGUGCUGGUACAGGUCAAAGGGAACGGGGCGUCCGGCUCCUUCAAGCUUGCCAAAGCAAAGACAGAAACUAAAAAAACCACCACUAGAAAAAUCACCAAGAGGAAGAUCAUCAAGAAGAAGAAGACCACCGAGAAGAAGAAGAAGACCACCCCCAAGAAGAAGGACACCAAGAAAACAGGAGUCAAAAAAGCAGCAGGCAAGAGCCCAAAGAAGGGAGCCGCCAAGAAAAACACCAAAAAGGCAGCAGGCAAAAAGACCACACCCAGAAAACCCAAGCCCGUCAGGAAGACCCCCGGGAAGAGAAAGCCUGUAGGCAGGAAAACCACUCCUAAAAGGGCAAGAAAUAGAGAAAUCUUCUCUAACCAGUGCUGA